UCUUCGUUGUCACUUGAACAGGGAAGUAGGCAGGACACGCAAAUGAGCACUGUCGGGGUGAAUGUGCAUAAAGUCUGUAUCCUGUCGUCGGGUUUGGUCAGGGUUUAACUGCCAGGUUAUCAUCUCGUUAACGGACUUUAAAGGACCAGUGCCGGUGGUUUUGCCAGAGAAAAUGAGCAACAUCCCCCUCUCUCGCUCUGAGGUGUUUGGGGAGCUGAGGAAGGAGCUGCAUGAAGAUGAAGAGUUCCAUCAGUCUGACGUUCACAUCUUCAUCAUCAUGGGAGCAUCGGGAGAUCUGGCUAAGAAGAAAAUCUACCCAACUCUAUGGUGGUUGUUCAGAGACGGCCUCCUACCUGAGCAGACGUUUUUUGUGGGCUUUGCUCGCUCUGACUUGACAGUUGAUGCCAUUCGGACUUCUUGCAUGCCAUACCUGAAGGUGACGGAUACAGAAGCAGAGCGGUUGUCAGCCUUCUUCAGCAGGAACACGUACAUCAGUGGGAAAUAUGGAGAUGAGAGUUCCUUCUCCAAACUCAACACACACAUCCUGUCUCUGCCUGGAGGAACCGAGGCAAACCGUCUUUUCUACCUGGCGCUGCCACCCACCGUCUACCACGAUGUUUCCAAGAACAUUAAGCACUACUGUAUGAGCACAAAAGGCUGGAACCGGGUGAUCGUAGAGAAACCGUUUGGACAUGACCUUCAGAGCUCUGAGGAGCUGUCCACUCACCUCUCUUCCCUCUUCACUGAAGAACAGAUCUACCGUAUAGAUCACUAUCUGGGCAAGGAAAUGGUGCAGAACCUCAUGGUGCUCAGGUUUGGGAACCGCAUCUUCGGGCCGAUCUGGAACAGGGACAGUGUGGCCUGUGUUGUUCUCACCUUUAAAGAACCAUUCGGCACUCAGGGACGAGGAGGCUACUUUGAUGAUUUUGGCAUCAUCCGCGAUGUCAUGCAGAACCACUUGCUCCAGAUGCUCUGCCUGGUUGCCAUGGAGAAACCAGCUUCCACCAGCUCUGAUGAUGUUAGGGAUGAAAAGGUGAAGGUGCUGAAGUGCAUCGCUCCAGUGUCCAUGUCAGAUGUGGUGCUGGGUCAGUAUGUGGGGGAUCCAGAGGGUGAGGGAGAUGCCAAACUGGGUUAUCUUGAGGAUCCCACAGUUCCUAAAGGAUCAACUCAGGCCACAUUCACCAGCGCUGUACUCUAUGUGCACAACGAACGCUGGGAUGGUGUUCCGUUCAUCCUUCGUUGUGGAAAAGCUCUGAAUGAGAGGAAAGCCGAGGUGCGACUACAGUUCACUGACGUCCCAGGGGACAUUUUUGGAAAUCUGUGUCGCAGGAAUGAGCUGGUGGUGCGUGUGCAGCCCAAUGAGGCCGUCUACGCCAAGAUGAUGAGCAAGAAACCUGGCGUAUAUUUUAGCCCAGAGGAAACUGAGCUUGACCUCACCUACAAGAGUAGAUACAAGGAUGUGAAGCUUCCAGACGCUUAUGAACGCCUCAUCCUGGAUGUCUUCUGUGGAAGUCAGAUGCAUUUUGUACGCAGUGAUGAACUAAGGGAAGCAUGGAGGAUCUUCACACCUCUUCUUCAUCAGAUAGACAAAGAGAAGCCCAAACCCAUUCCUUACAAAUAUGGAAGCCGUGGCCCAACAGAAGCAGACGACCUUGCAAAGAGAGUUGGAUUUCGCUAUGAAGGCACUUACAAAUGGGUCAACCCUCACAGACUGUAAAUUGUGAUGAGAUAAGGGUGGCGUAGAGGUAGGAUAGUAAGAGGGGUGCAGCAGGGUAAGUGAGCAAUGUCAUGUUCCAAUACUGAGUGUCUUUGAGGAAGGAGGUGUUUCCACUCUGUGGAUCCAUCGCAGUAGCAGCAAAGAAGAAAGAAGCUAUUUUUUUAAAAAAGAGACUAUUUCUCAGGUAUAGUAAUUAUUCAUUGGAGCCAGUUCAUUAGACAUUCAAAAGAGAAUUAUGAAUUCAUGCGGUCAUCAUGGGUUUAUACAAAUUUUGGUGGUAGGUUAAUAAACUUUUAUAUAUAUAAUAUAAAUUUUCUGUUUUAUUUGAGAGGCGGGACCAAGUCAGAUAGAGAGAGGACAAAAAAAAUUCUGAACCAGGAUAUUUUUAUGAACAAAAUUGUCUGAUGAACAAGCUCCAUGUCCCUGACUCCAUUAAUUAGGUCUUAAUUUGUCAGGAUGGUAAAUGGAAUAAUGAAGUAACAAGAGCAGAGCAACAACAAAACACUCAGCUGAGUCAUGCUCACCCAGUGUAAGUACUGUACCAAAGAUGGAUGAACACAGCAGAGAUGAGGAACGGGAUUGACUCUUAUAAGCGUUGUGAUUGUAAUACCAUUAUGCUUUGACUGCAUUUAUUAGUCACAUUUUCUUUUUACAACUUGCUUUCUCUCUUUUUGCCUCCUCUGCCUGUGACCAAGGACGUCAUGGCUGUUUAAGAUAAAUAGACUGUGGUGUACAAAGGGCAAUGCAGGCAGUUUCUCUUCAAAGCAGUCAUAGUGAAAUAGUCUUAAGUGUCCUUAUGGACAAGCAAAACCAGCUCUCUGUCUUGUUUAGUAGCCUCCCUCUGAGCUUCAUUCCCUUUUUGUUUACAUUUUCCCCCCAAGUUUAUUUAAGUUGCUAAUGUUCAUUCCAUAUUUCAGAAUAUCCAGACAGCGGCGGUGUCUACCACAGGUCAACAGUGAAUGCCUUUGUAAUGACAUACUGUAUACUGCUGUUAACUGCACACUCAUAUGUAAAGCUAGUGACAUUUCCACUACUUUCAAUAAACUAGUUUGGUUCUCUGUUAA